AUGACAGCAUCCGUUGUGCAGAACCUAGUCAUGAAUAGUGUGGUGGUGGAGGGGAUGAUGGUAGCUAUAUAUCCUCAAUACAUAUCCUCGUACUAUCCUCCUCUGCUAAUCCCCCGCUUUAUCUUCCCCUCGUUGCAAUUGAGUUAG